AUGGAACCUUGCAAAAACCAACCAAGACACGAAUCAGAGACUCGUCGCAAACUAAACAAAACCGGCCGCGAAUUAGGCCCACCUCACAACGAUGAAGCCUCAACACCAUUCAACCACAUUACGAUUGUGGUAGGAUGGUUUGUCUCCAAGGACACGUCUAUAUCUCCGGGGCGGCUCGCAAUGUACGAUGAGGCGAUCUGCGGCAGCUCCAAGACCAAUCCCCAAGGAGCGAAAACUUCGAGUUCGCCACAAGGCACGGCGAACGGCUGCUCCAAGCUCGACUCCCGCGGCUUCGCAGUUCCAAGUCCACCACACGGCGUGGCAAUAAGGCAGAGUACGGCAUCAAUAAGACCCGCGACCCGGCAUUACACGAAUCGGUGCGGCACGACCAUCAGCUUGGCAACCCGCGGCACGGCAACCCACGGUCCGACACGGCAUCUCGCGGUCCGGCACGACAGCUCGUGCUUCGGUACAAACAAUUAUGGAUAUAAAAUUGGAGGUGGACUUGAUUUUCCAAAGAAGAAACUACGAGUUCUUUGGUUUUCUCCUCCCGAUGUCCACGUCCCUAAAGAUGGUCACGGUCUAGGCAAUGACCCUUUGCCGCGAAUUGUUAUAGCUGAGGUUCUUGUGGACGAACUAAGCCCUGAAUCACAGGGGAUAAUAAGGAAGUAUUUGAAACCAGAAGGUGGCAAGCAAGCGGUUCUUUCUAGUACUUUGGAGUCUUUAAUAUGGGAGAAGCCUACAUGGACCGAGCAACUUGCCAAAGAAAGCGAAAUUGCGGCAUGGACGCUUAUCCACGGCUACACACUGAAUCAUCUUGCUUUUGCGGUUCAUCGAUUCAAACAUCGUUUCAGUGAUAUCAAAUUCGUCAAACAACAUCUUGAAGAAAAGGGAUUCAAACUCAACAGUGACGGAGAAAUCCUCAAAGUGAGUCAAGAUGGUCUACUGCUUCAAGUUUCAUCGAUCUCGGAAAGGCUUCCGGUAACAUUUGCAGAUGAAGUAACUGAAACAAUCCCAGCUUCGUACAUUGAGUUCACUCAACGUCAAGUUCUUCCAGAGUUCAAAGAUGUGCCGCAUGAUGAGAUCAAAGAAUUUCAUAGACGUGAAGCUUUUGAACUCGAUAACGCCAGCAACAUAAUGGAAAGCACCCGUUUCACAACCAAAUUCUAGAGCCAGACUUGUCUUGCUCGACUAAAUAUGUCAAAUUUGUGUCACUAUUUAUGUG